CACUGGUUCAGCUCUACAAGAGCGCCGAUGGAGACCCUCCUUCGGUUCUCAUUCUGUCUCCGACAGAUCUCUGCGGCCAAAUUUUGCCGCAAAACCACUACCAUCAAUUCAGUAUAUCGACCGACCAGCACAAUGUUUUCCAAACCUGAGUUUCUGAUCCCUAGCCCGUCUUUCACUCUCAAUUCGGCGACCCGGAGAAAGCACUCUUCGUCUUCAACUACAACAGCAUAUUUGCUUACGGAUUUUGGUUCGGCUGCGAGUGGUGUGGGUGUGGGUAUGUGUGUGGGUUUGAUUUUGGGUUUGCCCGGUUUGAAUGAAAAUAAGAAACCCAGCUUGCCGGAGAUUGUCAAAGCGGGAGACCCGGUUCUGCAUGAACCGGCCCGAGAAGUGAACCUGGAGGAAAUCGUGUCCGAGCGGAUCCAGAAGAUAAUUGAUGAUAUGAUAAAGGUGAUGAGAUUCGCUCAUGGUGUUGGACUCGCUGCUCCUCAAAUCGGCAUUCCUUUAAGGAUUAUAGUGUUGGAAGAUACAGAAGAAUUCAUAAGUCAUGACCCCAAAGAAGAGACCAAUGAGCAGGAUAGACGACCUUUUGAUCUUAUGGUCAUUGUGAACCCGAAGCUUAAAAAGAAGAGCAACAAGACUGCACUAUUUUUCGAAGGUUGUCUGAGUGUGCGUGGAUUUGGAGCAGUGGUGGAACGGUAUCUUGAAGUUGAAGUUACAGGUUUCAAUCGCGAUGGCCGGCCAAUCAAAGUAGAUGCCAAAGGCUGGCAAGCACGUAUUUUGCAGCACGAGUGUGAUCAUUUGGACGGUACCCUUUAUGUUGAUAAGAUGGUCCCACGAACAUUCCGAUCCUUAGAUAAAUGGUACUUACCUCUUGCCAAGGGCUGCCCCAAGCUUGGCGUCCGUUGGUCUGUUGGUGCUGACUUAUUGUGCUUGUGGAAAUUUGAAGAUCCGAGUUUAGAAUCCAUUUUGACUAUGAUGAUCAAGUCAAUUCAGCUGUUUCUGAUUCUGAUACAGAUAACCAAGGUGAGAUUAAGAUGUCUUUCUUCUUCAUACUUGCACUAAUUUUGUCCAAUAUUACCCAUAAAUUGA